AUGACGACAACGACAUCAGAAAAGAAAAAGAUCGACAUAGACCACCAUGUCCAGAAAGGCAUAGAGUAUCACGAACUCGGCGCGUUGGAACAAGCUACACAUCAGUUUAGAAUCGCAGCCAAAGAAGGAUCACCGAUCGGUAUGCUACUGUACGGCCUUUCCUUGCGCCAUGGAUGGGGGUGUCGAGCGAAUAGUACACUAGCAUUCCAGUACCUUCAAAAGGCAGCUGAACACGCCGUAGACGGAUUACAGAAAAGCAGCGAAGGGAAAACCAAAAUGGAUGCGCUCCUGCAAUCUCGGAAAGGCGAACUUGUGCUUGCCAUCUACGAGCUGGGCGUUUCGUUUGAUCAAGGAUGGGGCACUGCACGUAGUCGAGAAACGGCGUUCUAUUACUUUAAAAUUGCAGCACAAUUGGGCGAUGCAGAUGCACAAAACGAGGUUGGACGUUGCUAUUAUGACGGCUAUGGCACGAAAAAGGAUGUCUACCAAGCUGCGAAAUAUUAUCGUUUGGCAGCAGCACAGGGACGAGGAUUGAUGGGGAAUUCGUGGAUAUAUAAAUCCAAAUAUGACAGUGUAGCAUCAACAGUUGAUGAUGAGCAUGAUAAAAGCAGCAGCAGCAGCAACAAGAGCUGAUGUUGUAGUUAAACAUAAACACAGCAAAAGAAAAGCAAGUGACGGUUAUGUUGCACACGUUGUGCUGUUUUUCUGUGUGAUUGUAAUAUGUAUAUGACUGGGGAAAGAAUUGACAUGAAAGAUGAUGGGGAAAGAACAGCAACAACUACAUUAGACU